GCGCUGCGCGUGGUGGCAGCGAGCGGCACUGCUAGGCCGGCGGGGCUUGCCGCACAACGGCGCUCCCCCUCGAGAUCCUCCGGCGGCCAAAUCGACGAGCCACUGCCUACAAAUCAUCGCCGAUUCAAGUGGAACAGCCAUGGGAGAUGUGGAAACUACUGAGCUGAGGAUUCCAGAGGCGACCGAAGAUGAGGUAAACAUUGAAGAGAGAGGAAAUGUCAAAGAUGAGGUGGGGAAUACUUCCAUCAAUCGGCGAUUUGAGCAUGGAAAUACUCAGAGUACAACUCACGAAGUCGACAAACAAAAUGUUGUUGAAGUGACCAUCGGUAUGGGAAACAUUGAAGGGACGACUCCUAAGGGGAAAAUUGUAGACCUCCAUCGCCACGUUGAGGUCACAACGGUGUCUGGCAAUCUAACUGUAGUGUACACCAUCGGAGAUGGAAUGUCGUUCACUGAGUUUAUAAUGGUUCUACGUCGCAUCCUCGCUGAGCACAACAAAGACCGCGAGGACAUCUUGGACAAAUUCUCAACAAAUCUCUCAUCCAGCCGACAACACCCAGUGCUCACUAAGCAGUAUGGUGAAGAACCGCCGUGGCUUCACGUCAAGCUGCAAGUGGUGGAGGAGGGCAAGGAACCGUCGUGGACAACCCUAAUCAUGCGGGUUGACAGCUUAUACGUAUGUGGCUUCAUGGACCGAAAUGGAAAUUUGUACAGGCUUAUCGACGACAAAACCAAAAGCGAAGCCAUUAUCCCGAAGGGUCAUAACGGUGCUAACAUCCAAGACCUACAGUGGAAGGUCAGUUACCCAUCCUUGCUGGGAGACAAAAAAACGAUCUUACAUCAAAAGACAAAAAAAGACGAUCUUACAUCAAAAGACAAAAAAACGAUCUUACAUCAAAAGACAAAAAAAGACGAUCUUACAUCAAAAGACAAAACAACGAAAGUUAGAAAUGAAGUUGUGCACGAACUGGGCCGCGCGCAUCUGGGUCGUGACUUCGCUAUGGAGGCCGUGCGCAGGCUGUCAGAGCACAACCCAGAUACCGAGGUGGCUGGUAUGAUAAGCGGCAGGCUGGCACUGGGGGGCUUGAUCGUCCUGGUCUGCGAGUCCGCAAGGAUGAAUCCUUUCUACGACUCCUUUGCACGUGGGUGGAGCACCGGCGAGGGAUUCAAGGAGGAACUGAUGCGUAAAUACGUGUGGGACUGUUAUUAUAGUAACACGUCACGCGAGCUACGGCAGUGGAAGAGUGAAAACUAUAUCAACUUGAAGACGUGGGUAACGGAUCCCAUUCCGCAGCUACAAACCAUGCACCUCGUGCUCAACGCACCUCUACCUAAAAAUGAAGGUAAUAAUGACGAUGGCAACCCUGAUCCUUCCACAUCUGGCGAUGCUGGCGCUAACGCCGGCAACCAAAACAACAACGGCAACAAUAACGGUAAGGCCGAAGAAGGUAAUGACGAUGGCAACUCUGAUCCCUCCACAUCUUCCAAGGAGGAUGGCAACGGUGAUCCUUCCCCAUCUAACGAUGCUGGUGAAGGAUCGAAAGGGCGACCUGACGGUAACACCGGCAACCAAAACAACAAUAACACCAGCAACCUACAAGAAAAUUCUGGAAAGUCCAAGGAGGAUGGCGAUGCUGACGGGAACAACGACCCAACCAGAGGGGAAGGCGGUGGCCGCACCAACAAGCAAAACACCGGCAAGGCUGACGACACCCUGGGCCAUGGCCGACCCCUGGUGGAGCUGUUGGCCGUGCAUGCCCACCUUGGGGUCGUUGACACGAAAAUCAUCGUCUUCGACGGGAAACGUGGCCAGAUCAUCUACAAGCACGCGAAGCAAGGAGAAGAGGUCGGACGAAUGGAGGAUUUGGUGCUGACUGGACCCUACAGAGGCAUCUCAGCGUACGCGAGCUUCACCAUCAAAGUUGACAUCCCAAAAGCCAAUCCCGCCAGAUUCGAAUGGGAUUGCUAUGACCAAAGUAACGCCGACAAAGUGGAUGCCGUGAACCCCUCCUACGGCGAGAUCAAAGAUAAGGACGGCAAGCUACUAGCAGAGGUCACCUACGCGGUGAUGUCCGACGCCCUGGAGGCCACUGUGCAGCAGGUCAUGCUGAGGCUCAAGGAUGGGCACACUCUCAAUGACGUCCAUGGUGAAAUCAAAGCGCGCAUCGAUGGUUUCGAAGUCGGUAGCAUCCUAUUCAACCCGACACAAGGUGCAGGUAAGUGUUUCUCCCCCGCCGGCGACUCGUGGUUCCUUCUUCAGCUGGCGAGGAAUGUGGUUGCGGUGCCAUGUGGUAAGGUGCUCCACAUAGAGGUGGACCUGAAGACGGAAACUUCCAACGACCAGGGGCCCAAGCCUUUGAAAGUUGCUCUCAAAUUUGACAAUAGAACUUUGAGUCAAAGUAGCCCAGACGGCAACGGCAACGAAGUUGAAGUGGACAUCGACUGGUACCCGGAGAUCUCACGACCAAGUCAUCCACCGGAGCAAACCAUUGGAGAGGUUCGCGAGCAGGAACCAAGUCACCUAGUGGAGGCCAAAAUGAUAUCUGUGCGUGAACCUGAUUUGGGGUACACCAUCGGAGAUGCAGUGUCGUUCACUCGAUUCAUAACGCAUCUACGUCACUUUGUCGCCGAACACCCAGACAAAGAGGAUAUCCUGUACCACCAAGUGCUCGCCAAGCAGCGUGCUGAACAACCGGCGAGAUGGCUUCACAUCAAGCUAGAAGUGGUGGAGGACAAGAAAACAUUGUCGACAACCCUACUCAUACGGGAUGACGACUUGUACGUCCAUGGCUUCAUGAACCAGGAAGGAGUUUGCUACGAGCUUCUCGAAACCAAGGACAGUACUGUCAAUAUGAUCCCAGAAGAUGAAUACAAUCCCCACCCCCUAUACUGGGGCCUCACAUACAACACCAUACUGAACGUCCAAGAUGGCAGCGAAGCCACGGCUAAACUGGUAACUGAGGGGCUAGGCAUGUCCUUCGCGAUUGAAGCUGUGCGACGGCUGUCGAGCUCCACCCACCCAGAUGUUGAGGUGGAUGGUGAGAAGAGCGCUAGGGUGGCACUUGCGGGCCUGAUCGUCAUGGUCUGCGAGUCCGCAAGGAUGAAUCCUCUCCGCGACGCUAUUGCAGGUGGGUGGAGCAACGGCACGGGAUUCACCGAGCAACUGAUGGAUCGUUAUGUGCGGAAAUAUGGGGAGAUGUCACGCAACCUGCAGAAGUGGAAGAGUAGUAACUCUGAUAAUUGGCCGCACCCCAUUUCGGAGCUACAAGCCACUUGCCUCGUGCUUAACACCCAGCUGCUACCGGAUGAAACUGUUGACCGCCCUGUUGGCCGCCCCCGAGUGGAACUAUUAUCCAUACAUGCCGACCUUGGGGGCGUCGGCACGAAAAUCAUUGUCUUCGACGGGAAACGAGGCCAGAUCAUCUACAGGCACAACAAGCAAAGAGAACAGGGAACAACGGAGAAUUUGGUUCUGACUGGACCCUACACCGGAAUCUCGGCGUACUUGUGCUUCGCCAUCAAAAUUGACAUCCCCGACGCCGGUCCUAUGGUAUUUAAAUGGGAUUGCUAUAACCCCCAGCACGCUGCCCAAGUUGACAAACCACCCAUGAGCCACGAUAUGGGCAACAUAGCGAAAGUGACCUACGCAGUGAUGUCCAACGCCCUAAAGGCCACUGUGCAGGUCAAGCUGCGCCUCAACGAUGAGCACAGCGCUGUUGGCAUCGGAGGUGAAAUCACCGCGCUCAUCGAUGGCUUCGAAGACGAAGAAGACAACAGGAGCAUCCUCUUCAGGCCUGAAAAGAGGACGUGUCAGUCUUUCUCCUCUACCGACAACGACUCGAUGAUCCUUCUUCAGCUGGCUAGGAAUGUCCUUGCUGUGCCAUAUGGUAAGGAUCUUCGCAUAAAGGUGGACCUGGAGAUUGAAACUUCCAACAACCAAGGGAUCAAGAAUUUGAGAGCCGACCUCUGCAUAGCCAAUGGAAUUCUGAGCCAAUGUCACGUAGUCGAUGGUGGCGAAGUUGAAGUGAAUGUCACAUGGUACCCACAGGAAGAAAUUACGUACGAGCAUCAACAUGAAGUAGUGUAUACCAUCGGAGAUGCAAGGUCGUAUCGUGGGUUCAUAAUGGCUCUCUGUCGCAUUCUCACCAACCACCCAGACCAUGAGGGUAUCUUGGAUGGUCCCGAACACCCCAAACUCUCCACCCGACAACACCCACUACUGCUCAGCGACCGAAUGGACAGGUGGCUUCACAUCAAGCUUCAAGUGGCGGGCGAGGGAACUUCAGUAACCCUAGCCAUCGGGAUGGACGACUUGCGCGUCCAUGGCUUCACAAACGAGAACGAAGAUCGUCUUUGGUACCGCCCUGAAGACUACAAAAAGUGGUUGUCGUUGUCAUCUCAAGUAAAUCUACACUGGGGCUACGGGUACGACAGUAUAUUGGGUGUGAAUUCCCAUGAGGGAAUCGUGGGUAAACUGGCCUCCGAGACCCAGGGGCUGGGCAAAACCACCGCGGUUAACGCCGUGCGCGUUCUUUCACGCUUCCGCCCACAUGUCCUCCUAGGAGAAUUAGUGGCGGGUGGUGAUAAAUACUACGAUGCCAGGGUGGCACUGGUGUGCCUGAGCGUCAUGGUCUGCGAUUCCGCGAAGUUGAAUCCCGUCCUCAAACACAUCGAAAGUGGCUGGGAGAACGGGACGGGACACACCAAGGAACUGGAGGGUUACAUUAAGAAUUGGAACCGCAUAUCAAGCGCCCUGCUGGACUGGAAGGAAGACAGCUACCGUACAUGGAUGAAAGAUGAGCGACUAGAGAGGAUCGGAAUCAAGAGCCCAGAAGAUGCACUGGACGUCGUUCACCUCUGCUCCGCUGAACGGAUGCAUCGGUUUUGAUGGAUCCAGCAGCCUAUCUAACCUGGGCGGAACCGUGCGUGUCGCUCCGCCAAAUCAGGUUACCUGUAUCCCCCUUUUUUUUUUGACAUCAUCGUGCUUGGCCCCUGAAUGUUUCUCAAAUCAGUUACCCCUUGUGUUUACUCUUCUUUUACAAUAUGAUAUGAAUCAUGACCUCCAGUCCAGUCUGUGUGUGAUCAUUUAAGCUAGUGUUUGCUUUGAUCGAUACUGUAAACCGACAAUAUAAGAAACAGAUGCAAAUGUAAACGGUGUUUUGGUUCAGCAUGUAACGAACGGUAUUUGGUUCACAAUAAUACUUGUCAUCUCUUUGUUCCAGCUGUUGCAAUCUGCUGGGUCUA